AUGCCUUCAGCUUUUAAGAGCAAAGGGAAGGGUCGUGACCCUCGCCAGUCGCGCAGUCGCAACACAACUCCAUCAACCGCAAUCGGCACGGCUGCCACGUCUACUACCGCGCCUUCCGUACCAAGCUAUCUUGAAAACGACAUCUCGAAGCUCAUCGAUCUUGCAAAUGGUCAAUAUGCCGACAUUUUGGAUCUUGUGGCCGGCCCGAACAUACCAGACUCAAAAACACUCGAGACCCUGGUCGAAUACCUGAAGAGCCUCAGUGACAUGGCUGAUGCUCGUGGAGAGGCUUGCAACGCUGCAAUGCGCGAGAUGUCCCACAAGAGGAAAGAUGUCAUGGAGGACCAAGACCUCGGUCGUGAGCAUAGCGAACGAACAAAACUGAAACGAGAGACCGAGGACGAUGAUGAUCCAGUGCACAAGGGGAAGCUCAAGAAGCGCAAAGACCGAUCAAGUAUAAAUGAGGAACGACCCCUGAGCCAUGGCGCUCAUGGAGUAGCCCGGCAGGAUGGUGCUGAAACAAAAGUUGAAGGAGCGAUCUCGCCAGUGUCGAAGCAUGAUAAAAAGCGAAGUUCCCAGGACAGCUCCUCACUGUCACCGCCAAGCAUGCUGUCCCCGAAUGGCGCAGCGACUGGAGGAAAUGGUGCGGCGGACCCAGGAUCACCUCAGUCAGAAUCUAGCGAGGACUCACAUCAGCCGGAGCCUCAGCCGGCCAUCCCUCAGGUCCAAGUGUUUGGAGAGAAUCCACUCCAAUUCGAUGACCCUACCGUGUAUCAUGUCCGUGAUGUGACACCGGACAUGGGCGAUGAUGAGAAGAAGGAGAUUUACAGUGUUGCCAGUUUCCCCAAAAGUGACUUGGCUCAUAUGCUAGCCGGCGUGCCUCCGGACAAAGACUUCAGCAACGCCAAACCUUCGAACCAAGUCAGUGCAAAUACAUUCCUCACUUGGGUUGAGCCCUACGUACGGGCUCUGACCGAGGAGGACAUCGCAUGGCUGAAAGAAAGAGGCGACCGUGUCAACCCAUUCAUUAUCCCACGUCGUGGGAAAAAAAACUAUCGCCAGCUUUGGGCCGAGGAGGACGGGGUCACUUAUGAUCCAAGCCAGGACGAAAAGGACCAGCUCCCACUGAACCAGGGUCGUGGCAACAUCGACCAGCUGACGGAUGACAAGACCGACACUAACGAGGUUUCGAUCGGGCCGCUGCUAAGCCGCCUUGUCUCUCUUCUUCGUUACGAACAUCGUACCCUUCCCGAGGAUAGCAAUAACCCCACCAACGGUGACCUUCCCACCUCCGAUGGCUUGAAUGGUGAUGCGAUGGAGUUAGAUCCUCCCAGUGGGAACGUUGAAGCCAGGUCGUCAUCAGAAACUAAACCUCUACCUGCGGCUACUACUUUCCGUGACGCUUCCCCGACCGGCUUCAAACAAUCCGUUGCGAAACUAGAUCAUGCCCAGCUGGACGAGCGUGCCAAAGCGGAACUACGAUACAUUGGUUUCCUUGGUGCCGAAGACAAUCCCGACUACGACGCACACUACGAUGAUGAGGUAGCAGAACGCCUGCGUCUCUUACAAAGCGAGCUCAAGAAGCAGGUCAUUACGAAUAACGCAAGGAAGGCACGUGUACUAAAGAUCGCGCAAGAGCAUAUGGCCCUUCUCGAAUUUACCACCAUCCAAGACGAUUUGGAUUCUCAGGUCCAGCAGGCAUACCUGAAGCGCACACGCACCAUGGGCAAGAGCAAGAAGGGCUCACAGGCCAAGAACCGCCCUGGCGCUGGGGGCGCUGCUGCUGGAGUGUCACGCCCUGCUGUCGGCGAUGCCGCCAAGAUUGUCAUGGAUCGGCGCAAGCGCUGGAACGAGGCUUUCCUUCCUAUCUUCGAAGACAUCAAGACCACCAUUCCGUCCGCCAAUGAGUCCAUCUUUGACGCCAAUACAAUGGCCGAGUAUGAGAAGGCUGAAUUGGAAGCGUGGGAUGAGGAAUGA